AUGCUUCUCCUCCCAGCUGCUGCCCUGUGCUGUCUGUGUUCAGCGCUGGUUUCCACGGCGACAGAGCUGAUUCAGGAUGAUUUAACACUGACCAGGAGAGUCGGUGGAAACGUUUCAUUCAGCUGUGGAGGGACUGACCAGUGUAGUACUAGCUAUGUAUUCUGGUACCAGAAGAAAGAGUCAGAUACAUUCAGAGGGAUUCUUCUUAUUGGCAGUAGUGAUGGUGUAAUAGCUAAAGGCUACAGUCAUCCUCAGGAAGAUGAUUUCUCAUCUGUGAAUAAAGGGAACGGCUGGGAGUUGCAGAUCCAGAGAGUUAAUGUCUCUCAUUCAGCCUCAUAUUUCUGCUCCUGUUACUAUGAUCCUGGUAAUGACUAUUACAUCUUUGGCUCUGGGACUAAACUGGUUGUAACAGAUCAUGAGGUGCUGGAGCCCGUGGUGAGCCUGUACUCAGCAGCAUCCAGAGACCAGCAGGAGGAGAAGAGUCCUCUGCUGUGUGUGGCCUCAGCCAUGUUUCCUCCUCUGGUCCAGAUCUCCUGGAAAAGACAGAAGGACAACGGUCCUCUGGAGGAAGUUCCCCCUGCUGAGGGAGAGCAGCUGGAGAUCAGAGAGUCAGGACCAACCAGCUCCAUCUUACUGAUCAAUCAGACCAUGAUCAACCAGUAUCAAUACCUCUGCUCUGUGAAGCACGAGGGGAACUCCACCUCAGUCUCAUUUCACAAAGACCAACAGAUCAACCCAGGGAUCAUGACAUUUCUGUUGGACUUGUCUGUUUCAGAUGAUCCUUUCAGGUCUGAGUGCAGGGUGAGGCUGCUGACUCUGCUGUACUCUGUGCUGAUAGUGAAGAGUCUGGUGUACUGCUGUGGACUCUGUCUGCUGACGCUGUCUGCUGAGGAACCCUAACCAACAACACACCGUCCAUCCGCCGCACAACAGCUGACUGACUGUCCUCUUAAAGUUUUCACGUAAUAAAAUCUUUUCAUUCUCAGCUUUUUAAAGUAAGAUAGAAUUCUAAUAAAUAUUCUGAUUUAUGUUUUAAAAUGUCUGACAGUUUUCAAAUGUAACUGCAGUUCUAGUUUAGUAAUCCAAACAUUUGGACCAUAAAACCAGAGUUCUAAUUC